AUGAUGUCACAUAUGCACGAUUUAAAAGAUCAUGAACAUGUACCAGUUGGUCGUUUUCCACGACACCUUUUUGACUUUGAAAAUUUUCUUGGUCAAUCACUUGAUGUAUUUGAUCCAUUCGAUGAAGUUGAUUUAGCUUCACAUCGUAUGCAAAACGCUCUUCAAUGGUUACAAGAUCCACCACGUGCCCAACGUGAACUUUGUCCAGUUACUGGUCAUAAAAAACGAGCACAUACUGAUAAAUUUCGUGUUACAUUAGAUGUUACUGGUUAUAAACCAGAAGAUUUAAGUGUCAAAGUUAUUGGCCGCAAAUUAUUCAUCGAUGGAAAACAAGAAUUACGUGAUGGUGAAGAUUUUUCAACCAAAGAAAUGCGUAAAACAUAUGAAUUACCUGAUAAUGCUAGUCUUGAACAUAUGACAUCAUUUCUUACAGCCAAAGGUACAUUGGUUGUCGAAUUUCCACUUAUUACAGUACAUAAAGAACGAGAUGAUCAUCAUCAUCAAUUACAAAAAUAUGGUGCUAACAAAAAAGAUUUCAAUUUCGAUGAAUUCUUCAAAAGUUCAUUUGAACCAAAAAUUACUGAUAGUACCGAAACCGGUGGAAAGAAAAUUGAUAUGUCAUUAGAUAUGACUGGUUUUAAACCAAGUCAAAUUCAACUUCAUCUUAAAGAUCAUGAUUUAAUUGUUCAAGCUGAAUCAAGUGCAACAGAUAAACAUCAUACAGGUCGUUCAUAUAUCUACAAAGCUAUUACAUUACCACCUAACAUUGAUGUUGAACAUAUGCGUUCAUUUCUUCAUGAUGGUAAACGACUUGUCAUUACUGCUCCAUACUAUGAAAAUUUUGCUGAUAUUCCAAAUGUAAAAACUGCUUCACUUGAACAUGGUAAUCAUGGUAUGAAUUUAAUGAAAGGUGAUAGUCUUCGUGAUGAUAUUAGAAUUCCUAAAUGUGCAUCACCAACAAGUUCAACAUGUUCCAUUGCUGGUUCAGUUAAUUCAGCAUUUGGAAGCAAAUGA